UUCAUACAGAUUAGAAAGAUACAGGGGACUAUUGAUCUGUUUACAAGACAUAUGUCAUGGUUAUAUCUUGUAAGGAGAAUUACUCACGCCAAUGAACGAUUAGUUCAUGUACAGUUCAUGUACUCUGUACAGAUAUGUGCAUACAUAUACAUAUGUAUGACAUGUACCAGGUACAUGGGUAGGUACAUUAUCUACAUACAGUACAGUGGAUUGGAUAGAUUUGCUAUCUAUGUCGGGCAUGUACUCGACCCGGGAGAAAGGAUGAGGGAGAAUCACAUUAAUUAA